AUGCUGGGGGCCGAGUACAAGUUUCCAGCGUUCGACGAAUUGCCGAAGGUGGAAGGCAUGCCUCAGGGCUCGAUAUGGGGCUUCUAUGACAAGAAUGGAAAGAAGGAUGAAAUCGGAGCGAUCAACCUCCUCACCCCUGCCGUUGUCCAAGCUGCGUCGAAAGAAAUCAGCACCGGCGAAUCCAUCCAGCUCGACUGGCCAUUACACAAUGUCCAGUUCCCUGGCUUCAGCCGCAAAGAGUUCCAUCAGAAGAAGAUCAACUUCUCUGACUUCACCGAUUGGAAGGCUAUGGAUGAUGAAGUCUACAUCAAUACCCAGUCUGGCUCGCAGUGGGACAGUCUAAAGCACUUCGCCCACCAGUCCAGCGGCAAAUACUACAAUGGUCUCACGCACGCAGAAGCGGCGCAGAAUGACAGAAAUGGUACGCAUAAUUGGUGUGAAAGGGGUGGCAUUGUAGGGAGAGGUGUACUGUGCGACUGGGUAAGGUGGUAUGAAGAGAAGAAUGGAACGGCGCCGCUGGCGGUGUCAAGACACGAGAUUCCCAUAAUGGAGAUCGAAGAGACAUUGAAGUGGCAAGGCACUACACUCAAGCAAGGGGACAUCCUGAUGAUUCGCAGCGGAUACGUGAGAUGGCACAACGAAGCAAGCGAAGCAGAACGCAAGUCCGGUACCCGUGACAAUAGCGAUGCCAUUGGGGUCCAAGCCAACGAGAACACCGUGAGAUGGUUCUACAACAAGCACCUCGCAGCGCUUGCGGGCGAUACAGUUGCAUUCGAGGCGUGGCCACCGAAAUUCACCGAUGGUUGGUGUCUCCACGAGUGGAUUCUUGUGCACUGGGGAAUGCCGAUUGGCGAGAUGUGGGACCUGGAGAAGUUGAGUGAAAGGUGCAAGAGUAUGAAUCGUUACACUUUCUUCCUUACGAGUGCACCCUUGCAUGUUAAGGGUGGAAUUGGAAGCCCGCCUGGCGCGAUCGCGAUCUUCUAG